AUGCCGGUUACUCUUGUUAAUAGUGAAAUUCCUCGCCGUACUAUAACAACGCGUGCCCAGCGUGAAAUCUUCUUCAUUGAACGAACGCAUCCUGACACUAAAUGCAGUAUUUGGUUUUAUAAACGUAUCCAUGGUGCAUUUGAUCUAAAAAUCUUAGAAAAUGCAAUCAAAUUGUGUUCAACGAGUAUUCCGUUACUGCAGACGCGCUUUGUCUAUUCGGAUGGAGAAUUGUGGCAGAUUCGCGAUAGGAAUAUUCACCAUAAGCCACGAACGAUAGAUGUCAGCACUCAUUCAACUCCAGUCCAAGAGGCAUUGAGAAGAAUGAGAAAAGCUGUGAACCGGUCUAGCGCUAUGAUUGACGAUAAACUCUGCGAGUUUACAGUCUAUAUCAUCGACAACAAUAAUUACGUACUUCAUGGUCAAUUUCACCGCGCCAUCAUAAAUACCAGAUCUUGGGCAAAAGUUGAAUCCCUGAUCACUGCUGCCUAUAAUAAUUUGAAGCGAGGUGUGGAGAUCGAUGUACAACCAAAAUUGCAUUUUGAUGCACUUGCUCGCGCCGAUGCUAAGUAUAAAGCUUCCGAUAAACAUGAAGAAGACGAGAAAUUCUGGGAAGCUUACGUUCAGCCAUUGAAGCGCUUUGCUUACACUCAACGAAGUAAUAAUUCUGUUGGAAAAAAGACAACUCAUCAGCACACAAUGACAUUGAACACCAGCGAACGCCGAAAAUUUCAACAAGUGGCUGCAGCAAUGGAUAUUCCAGAAACUCAUCUUUACGUUGGCGUUUCAGCUCUUUUGCUUCGAAGCCUCCUUGGUCGUGAGUACGUGAGUCUCAGCUUGCCAGUACGUGGAACGUAUUUGACUCAUGAGCUUGGCAUGACAUCCAACGUUUUGCCAUUAUUGUUGCAUAUUCCUGGCGAUGCUACGAUACACGAAGCCUUACUUCGAAUCGCACAAGAAAUUAAAUCGAUCCUGAAACAUCAGCGUUACCGAAUCAAGGAUAUUUUGAAGCUCGCCAACUAUGGCUCAAUUACCAAUUUUGGUCCAUAUGUAAAUAUAAUGUGCUAUGAUCAUGGAGAGCCACUUGAUGGUUGUAGCUGCUCAUCUCAUUUUGGUGGAAUCACUGAUAUUAAUGAAAUGCACAUAACAUUCUGGACAGACCGUCCAAAUGGUCGACUUGACAUUUUGUUGGAAGACGUUCAUGAGGGACAUUCAGAAGAACAACUCGUUGCCUUACAGGAGCACUUGGCAUUCAUUUUAGAUCUGGUUUUAUGUGGAACGAACAUUACAGUUGCCACAAUAGAUGAACAAUGUGGCAAUAUCACAACUGUUGAGCUGUGCGAAAGUUUUUAUGCCAAUCGUCGCCGACCUGUUGCAGCCGGGUUUUUGCAGUGGAGUCGGAACUGCGAUUCUUUAGUUCGUCUGGUACAUUCCAACACGUGGGUGGGAAGUGGUGUCAGUCCAUUUGCUAUAUCGAAAGUUCUCUUUGCUGACCGAGCUGUGAGCAUUGGGAAGUUGGAACGCGUAACAGAUUCUGCAUGUAGAAAAGCAGUAGGCAUAGUGUUGGUAAUCGAGGAGAAUGCUUGGCUUGUUACUACUGCGGAUGGAGUGGUUAGAAUAAGUAAUUUUAUGGAUGAAUUUGGCCAGCCCAUCUCAGCUCAAACUCUCGUUAAUCAAUGUCAUAUCGUCGAAGGUGAUCAGCUCCCGAUUAUUACACACGAACAGGCUGAAUGGCUGGGUAAGACAUAUGCUAAGGCCAUGCUUACAGAACCUUACUGGUCUCAACGACUUGCCAGUUUUGAACCGUGUGAACUCUCCUUUGUGCAAAGCACUAUGACUCAAUCACCAGUAUGGGCUACAACUACUUAUCAAAAAUCAAAAGGUGCAAGCGCGAUUGAGGUGCUUACUGCAUGGUUUAUUUACAUUGUCCGAGAUACUCAAAUGUCACAAUUACAAAUUGGUUGGGAUGCAACUCAAAGUUGGCACCAUGUGAACGAAGUGUUAGCGAAAUGCACAUUUGCCAAGACUGUUCCAUUCGACACAUGCAUCGACUUGAAUGAUACAUUUUCAAAUGUUGUGACCAGUGUAAAGAAUGACUACAAGCAAUUGAUUAAUCACUUGCCAUGCUUGACAGACAUACUAAUCCGCCAUGUGGAUUCUAUGAAUAAUUUGAGUGGUAAAAACACUCGGGCAUUGGCUGUGUCUUUAAUUGAUACGCAAAAUGUGCACGAUGACGCCAGCGAGCAUGUUCAUGGUAGCUUGAUGACAUUGGAAAUCAACAAACAUAACGGUGCUUUUCGAUGGAUCUACGACACAAAUCAACUAUCUGAAGAAGAGGUCAAUCGUAUUUCGUUACGUUUGUUAGUUUUGCUCGCAUCUGCCCAUAGUGCCGAUCAAGCAAAUGUUAAUGUGGCGAAAUUGAACCUAUUACCUAAAGCUGAACGCGAACAACUACUUUAUAGCUGGAAUCAAACAACGGUACCUCUUUCACCUGCCCGCUGUCUCCAUCAGUUAUUCGAGGCACAGGUCGAAUGCAACGGAAAAGCGAUUGCCGUAGAGUGUGAAGGAGAGACUUCAAGCUAUGAAAAACUAAAUAGCCAAGCCAACCAGUUGGCACAUUAUCUCAUAGCACGAGGUGUCAAAACAGACGAUCGCAUCGCACUUUGUGUCGAACGAAAUACAAAAUUGAUUAUAGCAAUGCUGGGCAUUCUUAAAUCUGGCUGCGCCUAUGUACCACUUGACCCAGCCUAUACGAGUCAAAGACUGACCCAUAUUGUAGAGGAAGCUGACCCUAUAUUCCUUUUGGUAGAUGCUACUGGUCGAAAAACACUCGAAGACAAUCGAGUACCAGUGAUCGACUUGGACAAGCCAUUACCGGCCGAUUUGCCAAUCGAUAAUCCGGAUGCUACCAAGCUUGGAGUUACUCCAAAUCAUCUGGUCUACGUUAUCUACACCUCUGGAUCAACUGGAAAACCGAAAGGAGUAAUGGUUGAGCACCACGAUGCACAACAACUAUUCCUCUCUGUACAAGACAAGUUUAAUUUUAAUAACCGGGAUCAGUUGUGUUUGUUCCAUUCGAUUUCUUUUGAUGUUUCCGUAUGGGAGACAUGGAGCGCAUUAUUGAAUGGAGGUCAACUAUCGAUUCCAUCACACAAUACAAUCCGUUCUUCGGAUAAAUUUUAUGAUUGGAUCUGCGACAAGGGUAUUACUUUACUGAGUCAAACUCCGUCAGCAUUCAAAAUGCUCAUGAAGGCAAAAGACAUCAGUCCGCGAUCAAAUCGACUGCGAUAUGUAUUCUUUGGUAGUGAAGCUUCAGAUUCAUUGACCGUGAGAGAAUGGUCUGAAAAGUGUGCUGCAGAUCAUAUAGGAUUAGUUCAUAUGUACGGUCCUACUGAAACAGUUGUGAUUGCAACAAGUUGGAUGUGUGAUAGAACGAUUUCUGAUAACUCGUUCACACCAAUCGGUCGUCCGUUACCAAACAAACGAAUUUAUCUGCUUGAUGCACAUGGCGAGCCUGUGCCAAUAGGAGCCGACGGAGAAAUCUAUAUUGGUGGUGCCGGUGUGGCACGUGGUUAUUUAAAUCGGCCUGAGCUAACCGCAGAACGUUUUCUACCCGAUCCAUUCAGUGAUAAUCCAACAGCACGCAUGUACCGAACAGGCGAUCGAGCACGAUAUCUGCCUGAUGGUAAUCUAGUUUAUCUGGGACGCAUUGAUCAGCAAGUAAAAAUCCGUGGAUUUCGAAUUGAGCCUGGUGAAAUUGAAGCCCGCUUAGUCGAACAUCCUCAGGUGCACGAGGCAGUUGUACAAUCUUAUGGCAACGGAUCAGACACCCGUUUGGUUGCUUAUGUGGUGGCCGAUGCAUACGCAUCGUUAGCUCAAGAUUUGCGUACAUAUCUAUUGACAUUACUGCCUGAAUAUAUGGUACCAGUGGCUUAUGUUUGUCUAUCUUCUCUGCCUCUCACACCCAAUGGAAAGGUAGACCGGCGAGCACUACCACCUCCGAACGAUGAGGCAUUUGCUCGUCAACAGUAUGAAGCUCCACAGGGUGAAAUAGAAAAGAAAUUGGCCGAAAUCUGGUGUGAACUGCUAAGCAUUGAUCGGAUUAGUCGACAUGAUAAUUUUUUCGCACUGGGAGGUCAUUCCUUGCUAGUCGUACAACUGUUGGCACAGUUGAGACAGAUCGGAUUGGAUACCACCGUACGCAAAGUGUUUGAUGCUCCCAGUCUGGCUAUAUUGGUCUCGACGCUCCACCGUUACAAGGCAGUAACUAUUGCACCCAAUCUCAUUACAACAUACAGUUCGAAGAUUACUCCAGAAAUGUUACCGCUCAUCACGCUUUCACAGGCAGAAAUUGAUGCAAUUACUACACGGGUACCUGGUGGAGUAGCUAAUAUCCAAGAUAUUUAUAGCUUGACGUCUCUACAAAAUGGGAUGUUGUUCCAUCAUUUAAUGGGUGAACGCGGCGACCCGUACUUGCUAAUAAGCCGACUGAGUUUUUCUGAUCGGAGAAAACUUGACCGUUAUGUGUCCGCCAUGCAACAAUUGAUAGAAAGAUACGAUAUUCUUCGUACCGUCUUCAUCUGGGAAGGUCUAAGUGAACCGGCACAGAUUGUUUUACGUCAAGUUCCUUCAUUACUCACUGAGAUUACAUUGCAUGAUACCAGUAAACCGGUAUUGGAUCAGUUGCGCCUCCGAUUCAAUCAACGUCGCUACCGGUUAGACUUGACGCAGGCACCACUAUUGCGUUUGCUAGCUGCACCAACAUCUGAAGGAUGCUGGGUGGCACUGCAACUGAUGCAUCACUUGAUUGGGGAUCAUACUACACUGGAAAAACUGCAGUCAGAAAUACGUGUUAUAGACGAUAGACGGACUGAAAAACUUACGAUUUCUACAACAUUUCGCCAAGUGGUGGCUUAUGAGCGGUUGGCACUUGAUCCGACUGAUCACACCCAAUACUUCAGCGAAAUGCUUGCUAACGUUGACGAACCAACUUUGCCGUUUGGUUUGAGUGAUGUUUCUCUGGAUGGAACUAAGAUCAAUGAAGCACAAUUGUGGCUACGACAGACACUCAAUGAUCAGCUACGGGCGCAUGCACGCAAGUUACAAGUUAGUUUGGCUAGUGUUUGCCAUUUGGCUUGGGCACAAGUACUUGCUCGAGCUAGUGGACGCGAGGCAGUUGUCUUCGGCACUGUACUUUCUGGCCGUUUUCAGGUUGGAGAAGAGAACAAUAUUAUCAUGGGACCGAUGAUUAACACUCUACCAAUACGUAUAGAUAUUGAUGAUACGAGUGUCAAGACCGCAGUGCGACAUACCCAUGCUCGUUUGAGUUCGUUGUUGGCACAUGAACAUGCACCUCUUGUGUUAGCACAACGCUGUAGUGGUGUUCCAGCUGGCUCAUCAUUAUUCAGUACAUUGUUCAACUAUCGCCAUAAUAAGAAGACGGAGCAGGUAAAUGCGUCACUUCCAGGAGUCACAUUCUUUGGCGGUGAGGGACAAACAAAUUACCCUUUAAACAUGUCUCUGGAUGACAACGGUAGAGCUUUGAACCUGUCUGCUCACGUGGUGUCAUCAGUGUCAGCAGCUCGAAUCUGUACUUAUAUGCGAGAAACUCUGGUUUCUCUUGCUGACGCACUAGCUCACAAGCCACAACAACCAGUUCGUAUAUUAACGGUGAUACCACCAGAAGAGCGCACCUUGCUACUACAAAGCUGGAAUGAAACCGCGGUUACUUAUCCACCUGCAUGCUGUCUUCAUCAAUUAUUCGAAGCGCAGGUGGAAUGUGAUGGACAGGCAAUUGCUGUUGAGUAUAAAGGAGAUACUUUAAGCUACGCAGGACUCAAUGUUCAAGCCAACCAAUUGGCAAAUUACCUAAUCACUCGAGGCGUUAAACCAGAUAAUCGCGUUGCACUUUGCGUUGAGCGUAGUACAACAAUGAUCGUAGCAAUGCUAGGUAUCCUAAAAGCCGGCGCUGCGUAUGUACCACUUGAUCCUGUCUAUCCAAGUCAACGACUGGCCAAUAUUUUACUGGAUGCGAACCCUAUAUUUAUAAUAGCAGAUGCUGCUGGCCGUAGUGCACUCGGAAACCAUCAAGUGCCAGUGAUCGACUUGGACAAACCGUUGCCCGUCGAUUUACCAAUGGAUAAUCCGGACGCUGAAAAGCUCGGAGUCACUCCAACCAAUUUGGCUUAUGUUAUCUACACCUCUGGUUCAACAGGAGCACCGAAAGGAGUUAUGGUUGAACAUCAUGAUGCAGCACAUCUAUUCCAAUCGGUACAUGAUAAAUUUGAUUUUAAUGCACAGGAUAAGUGGUGUUUGUUCCAUUCCAUUUCGUUUGACAUGUCUGUAUGGGAGUUAUGGGGAGCAUUAUUAAAUGGAAGUCAAUUAUCGAUUGUACCAUUUAAACUCACUCGUUCUACAGACGAAUUUUAUGAUUGGAUCUGUACCAGCGGUAUUACUGUACUAACUCAAACCCCUUCAGUAUUCAAAAUGCUAAUGCGAGCGCAGAAGAUUUGUUCGCAAUUCAAUCAACUACGCUAUGUAAUAUUUGGUGGUGAAGCGCUAGAACCAUCAAUUGUAAAGGACUGGUAUGAGAAAUAUGAUAAAAUUCAAACAGUAUUGGUCAAUAUGUAUGGCCCUACCGAAACCGUUAUGAUUGCAACAAGUUGGAUCUGUCAUAUCACGAUUUCUGAAAACUCGUUCACACCAAUCGGUCGUCCGCUACCUAACAAACGAAUUUAUUUGCUUGAUGCCCAUGGCGAACUAGUGCCGCUGGGAGCCGAGGGAGAAAUGUAUAUUGGUGGUGCUGCCGUAGCUCGUGGCUAUCUAAACCAUCCAAAACUUACCGCAGAACGUUUUUUACUCGAUCCAUUCAGUGAUGAUCCAGCAGCACGCAUGUACCGCACCGGCGAUCGAGCACGAUAUUUGCCUGAUGGCAAUCUGGUCUAUUUGGGCCGCACGGAUCAACAAGUAAAAAUUCGAGGUUUUCGAAUUGAGCCCGGUGAAAUCGAAGCCCACCUAGUCGAACAUCCACAGGUACACGAAGCAGUCGUACAAUCCUAUGGCAACGAAUUAGAUGCUCGUCUUGUGGCUUAUGUGGUAGCCGAUACUGUAACAUCUUUGGUCCAAAAUUUACGCACCUAUCUAUUGCACUUAUUGCCUGAGUAUAUGGUACCAGCGGCUUAUGUUUGUAUAAAAUCAUUACCACUCACACCCAAUGGCAAGCUAGAUCGACGGGCACUACCACCUCCGGACGAUGAAGCGUUUGUCCAUCAACAGUAUGAAGCUCCACAAGGUGAAAUGGAAGAAAAACUGGCCGAUAUCUGGCGUCAAGUGCUUGGGAUCGAACUAGUUAGCCGAUAUGAUAAUUUCUUUGCGCUGGGAGGUCAUUCGUUGUUGGUCACACGACUUUUGGCACAGUUGAGAGCUUUUGGACUGAAGACAACGGUACGGAAAGUGUAUAAUGCUCCUUCUUUAGCAAUGUUGGCUUCGACCCUCACCCGUUACCAUGCAGUUACUAUUCCACCCAAUCUGAUUACCACAGACAGCACAGAGAUUACUCCAGAAAUGUUACCGCUCAUCACUCUUUCUCAGGCGGAAAUUGAUGGAAUUAUUGCACAGAUACCUGGUGGCGUAGCUAAUAUUCAAGAUGUUUAUUGUUUGGCUCCUUUACAGCAUGGCAUGUUGUUCCAUCAUCUGAGAUCUAAGCAGGGUGAUCCAUACUUGAUAGUAAGCCGCAUGCAAUUUGAUGACCAUACGACACUUGAACGCUAUUCAUAUGCUUUGCAAAAAGUGAUAGAGAGACACGAUAUUUUGCGCACUGCCCUCUUCUGGGAAGGUCUCAGUGAACCGGUGCAGGUCGUAUUGCGCAAAGUUCCUUCGAUACUCACAGAAGUUAUAUUAGAUCAUGGUGAACCAGUACUAAAUCAGCUUAGCCACCGCUUUGACCUGCGUAGCUACCGUUUGGAUUUGACAAAGGCACCACUAUUGCGUUUGAUGGCUGCGCCAACGUCUGAAGGAUGCUGGGUGGCACUGCAAUUAAUGCAUCACUCAAUCAUUGAUCAUUCAUCACAUGAGGUAUUGGAGGCAGAGAUUCACGCCAUUAUCGAGGGAAAUUUAAAAAAGUUAACAACACCCACCCCAUUCCGUCAUAUUGUAGCCCAUUCUCGAUUAGGAGUUAGUCAAGCUGAACACACACAUUUCUUCAGUGAGAUGCUCGGUGAUAUUGACGAGCCAACCUUACCAUUUGGUCUGAGUGACGUUGUCCUAGACGGAAAUGAGAUCGACGAAGCAAUUCUGAAGCUGUCACAGACACUUAAUGAUCAGCUACGGGCGUAUGCACGCAAGUUACAAGUUAGUUUGGCUAGUGUUUGCCAUUUAGCUUGGGCUAAGGUACUUGCUCGAGCUAGUGGGCGCGAUGCAGUGGUCUUUGGGACCGUUCUUCUCGGCCGAUCUCAAGCUGGUGAAGCGAACGACAAUGCCGUGGGACCUAUGAUUAAUACUCUACCAAUACGAAUUGAAAUUGAUAAUACGACUGUCGAGACAGCUGUGCGUAAUGCCCAUGAUCGGAUGAGUGCGUUGUUAACCCAUGAACACGCACAACUUGUGAUGGCUCAACGUUGCAGCAGAGUUCCAGCUGGCAUGCCACUAUUCAGCUCAUUAUUAAAUUAUCGCCAUAAUCAGACGACAGUAGAUGUCCCUGCGACACUUCCUGGAAUCAGAUUUAUAGAGGUCGAAGAGCGAACUAAUUACCCAUUAACCUUAUCGGUUGAAGACAACUGCAAUUCGUUGGGUCUAACGGCUCAAAUAGUUUCACCAAUGUCUGCAGCUCGGAUCUGUGCCUACAUGGAACGAACUCUGGAAUCAAUGGCUGAUGUGCUAACACGAAAGCCUCAACAAUCAGUUAGAGCAUUGACAGUAAUACCAUCAGAAGAACGCACAUUGUUGCUGCACACUUGGAAUCAAACCAUGGUUAAAUAUCCACUUAAACGAUGCCUCCAUCAGUUAUUUGAAGCCCAAGUGCAACGUGACGGACAUGCAAUUGCCAUAGAGUGUAUGGCCGAGAUUCUAAAUUAUAGGGAACUCAACGCAAAGGCGAAUCAAUUAGCACAUUACCUUAUCGCAAGAGGUGUUAAACCAGAUGAUCGCAUCGCUGUUUGCGCUCAGAGCAGUAUAAAAUUGGUAGUGGCCACACUGGGUAUUCUGAAAGCCGGUGGUGCCUAUGUACCGCUCGAUCCGAAAUAUCCCAGUCAGCGGCUCACCAACAUUUUGCAGGACUCAAAUCCACUAUAUCUCUUGGUAGACACCGUUGGUCAGGCAGUAAUUGGAGAUCAUCGAGUACCAACAAUCGACCUGGAAGAGACUUUUCCCACUGACUUAUCGAUCGAUAAUCCAGAUUUGACAAAUUUAGGACUCACUCCAGCCCAUUUGGCCUACAUAAUUUACACCUCUGGCUCAACCGGAACUCCGAAAGGGGUGAUGGUUGAACACAGAAAUGUAACAAAUUGCCUUCAUUGGAUCAACGAGAAUUUUACAGCUGAAGACUUCAAGCACACUUCAUUUUCGACCUCCGCUAAUUUCGAUAUGUCUCUUUACGAAUGUUUCGCACCACUGUCGAUGGGAGCCACAUUACAUAUCAUACCCGAUGUGCUUGCGCUCUCACCAUCGUCGAACAUUUCGAUGCUCAGUACGGUACCUUCUGCAGUUACAACGAUACUCAAUGCAGGCUCUCUGCCAUUGUCGCUGUGUGCACUCCAUUUGGCAGGCGAGCCACUAAAAUCCAGUCUAAUCAAACGCAUUUUUACGCUUACUCAAGUCACUCAACUGUGCAAUCUAUAUGGCCAAACAGAAACGUCGUUUUUCUCAACGUUGCAUAGAUUUAAACGAGGCGAUGAAGCAAUCGAAACGAUAGGGCGGCCAAUUGCCAACACACAGAUAUACUUGCUUGAUUCAUAUGGCGAACCAGUGCCACUGGGAGCCGAGGGAGAAAUGUAUAUUGGUGGUGCUCCCGUAGCUCGUGGCUAUCUAAACCAUCCAGAACUUACCGCGGAACGUUUUCUACUCGAUUCAUUCAGUGACAAUCCUCAAGCACGCAUGUUCCGCACCGGUGAUCGAGCACGAUAUUUACCUGAUGGCAAAUUGUUAUAUCUUGGACGUACAGAUCAGCAAGUGAAAAUCCGCGGUUUCCGAAUUGAGCCGGGUGAAAUUGAAGCCCAUCUAGUAGAUCAUCCACAGGUACACGAGGCGGUUGUACAAUCCUAUGGAAACGGAUCAGAUGCUCUUCUUGUAGCUUACGUGGUGGCCAAUGCUUAUACAUCGUUAGCCCAGGAUUUACGUACAUAUCUAUCGACAUUGCUGCCUGAAUAUAUGGUACCAGUGGCUUAUGUGUGUCUACAAUCCUUGCCAUUCACACCCAAUGGCAAGCUAGAUCGACGGGCAUUACCACCUCCGGAUGAUGAGGCGUUUGUUCGCCAGCAGUAUGAAGCUCCACGGGGUGAAAUGGAAGAGAAACUGGCCGAAAUCUGGUGUGAACUGCUAAGUAUUGAACGCAUCAGUCGGCAUGACAAUUUUUUCGCUUUAGGAGGGCACUCGUUAUCGGUUGUACAGCUAUUAGGGCGUUUGAGACAGAACGGAUUAGAUACUUCCGUGCAGGAAGUGUUUGAUGCUCCCACUCUGGCUAUGUUAUCAGCGAUGCUUGUUCGUUACCAAUUAGUAACUAUUCCACCCAAUCUCAUCACUCCAGACAGCACGGAGAUUACUCCAGAAAUGUUACCACUUAUAACUCUUUCUCAGGUAGAGAUUAAUGCAAUUGUUGCACACGUACCUGGCGGAACAACCAAUAUUCAGGAUAUUUAUGGUUUAACACCUUUACAACAUGGUAUGUUGUUCCAUCAUCUGAGAGCUGAAGAGGGCGACCCAUACUUGAUAGCAAUGCGUAUGCAGUUUACUGACCGGACGGCACUUGAUCGUUAUAUGUUCGCCCUGCAGCAAGUGAUAGAAAGAUACGAUAUCCUUCGUACUGUCUUCAUCUGGGAAGGUCUCAGUGAUCCAGCACAGGUCGUUUUGCGACACGUUCCUUCUCUACUUAAAGAGAUUAUAUUGGAUCAUACUGGUGAACCGGUAUUAGAUCAGUUGAGCCACCGCUUUGAUCCACGUUACUAUCGUUUAGACUUGACACAGGCGCCGCUAUUGCGUCUACAUGUUUCCCCAAGUUCUGAAGGAAUUUGGGUGGCACUGCAAUUGAUGCAUCACUUAAUUAUAGAUCAUUCAACGCUGGAGCGACUGCAGGCAGAGAUCCACGCUAUCAUCGACGGAAAGAUUGAAAUGUUGACAACGGCCCCAUCAUUUCGUCAUAUUGUGGCACAUGCACGACUUGGAGUUAGUUCAGCCGAACAUAUGCGUUUUUUCACUGAAAUACUCAGUGAUAUUGACGAGCCAACGUUACCAUUUGGUCUGACUGACGUUGCUCUGAAUGGGACUGAAAUAAAUGAAUCACAUGUGAAGCUGUCGCAGGCACUCAAUGAUCAACUACGAGCGCAUGCACGGAAGCUUCAGGUCAGCCUGGCUAGUAUUUGUCAUUUAGCCUGGGCACAAGUACUUGCUCGAGCUAGUGGUCGACAGGCAGUAGUCUUUGGAACUGUGUUACUUGGACGUUUACAUGCGAGAAAAGAGAACAAUAAUAUCAUGGGACCGAUGAUUAACACUCUACCAAUACGCAUAGAUAUUGAUGAUACGAGUGUCGAGACCACAGUGCGAAAUACCCAUUCUCGAUUGAGUUCGUUGUUAGCCCAUGAACACGCACCGCUUGCAUUGGCACAGCGAUGCAGUGGAAUUCCAGUUGGUGUACCACUAUUUAACGCACUGUUAAAUUAUCGUCAUAGCCAGAAGGCAGACCAGGUCACAACGACACUUCCUGGAAUCAGAGUUAAAGAAGUGGAAGAACGAACCAAUUACCCAUUAGCUCUAACGGUUGAAGAUUUUGAUGUUUCACUGAGUUUGAUAGCUCAAGUAAUUUCACCAAUGUCUGCAGCUCAGAUCUGUGCUUAUAUGCAACAAGCUCUCGAAUCGAUGGCCAAAGCGUUAAAUAACACAACGCAACAACCAGUUCGGACAUUGGCAGUCGUGCCAUCGGAAGAAUGCACGAUGCUUCUGCACACAUGGAAUCAAACCACAGUUACCUAUUCAUCUGCUUGCUGUCUUCACCAGUUAUUUGAAGCACAGGUGGAACGUGAUGGACAAGCAAUCGCUGUGGAAAGUAAUGGAAAGACUAUAAGUUAUGCAGAACUUAACAUCAAAUCCAACCAGCUGGCACAUUACAUGAUCGAACAAGGCAUCAAACCAGAUGAUCGAAUCGCACUUUGCAUCGAACGUGGCAUAACAAUGAUCGUGGCAAUACUGGGUAUUUUAAAAGCUGGUGCUGCGUAUGUUCCACUCGAUCCAGCCUAUCCGAGCCAACGACUGACUAACAUUUUAUUAGAUGUCGAUCCAAUAUUUCUCAUAGCAGAUGCUAUGGGUCGGAAAGCACUUGGAGAAUAUAAAGUACCUGUGAUUGAAUUAGAUAUACCAUUGCCUGAUGGUUUGUCAAUCAAUAAUCUGGACGCAAUUAAACUUGGACUCACUCCAACCAAUUUGGCUUAUGUAAUUUACACUUCGGGUUCGACUGGAACACCAAAAGGAGUAAUGGUUGAACAUCAACAUGCAGAAAAAUUAGUCAAAUCUUUACAUGCCAAAUUUGAGUUCGAUUCACAGGAUAAGUGGUCUUUGUUCCAUUCUUUUUCUUUCGACUUUUCUGUGUGGGAAAUAUUUGGUGCGUUAUUGAAUAGAAAUCAACUGUCGAUUGUACCACACGAUACCACACGUUCUGCAGACGAAUUUUAUGAUUGGAUCUGCACCAGAGGUAUUACUGUACUAAAUCAAACCACUACGGCGUUCAAAAUGCUUAUGCGGGCAAAAAAUAUCAGCUCUCAAUCCGAUCAACUACGAUAUGUUUUCUUUGGCGGUGAAGCAUCAGAUUCAUUGAUUGUAAGGGACUGGUAUGAAAAAUGCACUAAAAAUCAAACAGUGUUAGCCCAUGUAUAUGGGCCUACCGAAACAGUUGUUUUUGCAACAAGUUGGAUCUGUGAUAACACAAUUUCUAAACGUUCAAUGAUACCGAUUGGCCGUCCGCUAUCCAACAAGCGAAUUUAUCUGCUGGAUGCACAUGGCGACCCGGUGCCACUAGGAGCCGAGGGAGAAAUGUAUAUUGGAGGUACUGGUGCGGCACGUGGCUAUCUCAAUCGUCCUGAACUUACCGCGGAACAUUUUCUACCCGACCCAUUUAGUGAUGAUCCAACAGCACGCAUGUAUCGUACAGGUGAUCGAGCACGAUAUCUGCCUGAUGGUAAUUUGAUCUAUUUAGGACGCACAGAUCAACAAGUAAAAAUACGUGGAUUCCGAAUUGAGCUCGGUGAAAUUGAAGUCCAUUUAGUAAAACAUCCACAUGUGCGUGAAGCGAUUGUACAAUCCUAUGGAAACGGAUCAGAUGCUCGUCUUGUAGCUUAUGUGGUGGCCGAUGCGGAUACAUCGUUAGCACAGGAUUUGCGUACAUAUCUAUCAGAAUUACUGCCUGAAUAUAUGGUACCAGUGGCUUAUGUUUGUCUACAAUCCUUGCCAUUCACAUCCAAUGGCAAGCUAGACCGACGAGCAUUACCGCCUCCGGACGAUGAGGCGUUCGCUCAUCAAGAGUAUGAAGCUCCACAAGGUGAAAUAGAAGAAAAUCUGGCCAAUAUCUGGCGUGAACUGCUUGGCGUUGAACGUAUGAGUCGACAUGACAAUUUCUUUGCGUUGGGAGGUCAUUCUUUGUUGGUCGUUCGGCUGUUAGCGGAGUUGAGACAGAUCGGUCUGGACACCACUGUACGGGAAGUAUUUGAUUCGUCCACUCUGGCCGUGUUAUCUUCAACGCUUGAUCGUUACCAAGAAGUGACUGUUCCAACCAAUUUUAUUAUCGCAGACAGCACGGUGAUUACUCCCGAAAUGUUACCACUUAUCACGCUUUCUCAGACAGAGAUCGAUGCAAUUGUCGCAUUGGUACCAGACGGAGUAGCUAAUAUUCAAGAUAUUUAUGGAUUGGCGCCUUUACAAAACGGUAUUUUGUUCCAUAAUAUGAUGGCCAAACAAAGGGACCCAUACUUGACAGUAAUGCGUAUGCAUUUCAGUGACCGUACGGCACUUGAUCGUUAUGUGUUCGCCCUGCAGCAAGUGAUAGAAAGACACGAUAUCCUUCGUACUGUCUUCAUCUGGGAAGGCCUCCGUGAGCCGGCACAGGUCGUUUUGCGCCAGGUUCCUUCUCUACUUAGUGAAGUCUCAUUAGAUGAUACCGGUGAACCGGUAUUGGAUCAGUUGAGCCACCGCUUUGAUUCGCGCAACUAUCGGUUCGAAUUGACACAAGCACCGCUAUUGCGUUUAUUUGCCGCACCAACGUUUGAAGGGAGCUGGGUAGCACUACAACUGAUGCACCACUUAAUUAUUGAUCAUUCAACAUUCGAGCAGUUACAAGAGGAACUGCACGCCAUCAUUGAUGGAAGGAUUGAAAAGCUACCAAUGCCCACAUCAUUCCGUCAUAUUGUAGCACAAGUACGACUAGGAAUUAGUCAAGAUGAACACACACGUUUCUUCAGUGAAAUGCUCAGCGAUAUUGACGAGCCAUCCUUACCAUUUGGUCUUUGUGAUGUUUCUCUGGAUGGGACCGAGAUCAAUGAAACACAUCUGAAGCUGUCACAAACACUCAAUGAUGAGCUACGAGCACUUGCAGGCAGCUUACAAGUCAGUUUGGCUAGUAUUUGUCAUUUAGCCUGGGCACAAGUACUUGCUCGAGCUAGUGGACGUGAGGCAGUAGUCUUUGGUACUGUGCUAGUUGGCCGUUUACAAGCCGGCGGGGGAAACGACAAUGCCAUGGGACCUAUGAUUAAUACUCUACCAAUACGCAUAGAUAUUGAUGAGAGAAGUGUGAAGAUCGCAGUACGAAAUGCCCAUGCCCGGUUAAGUGCGUUGUUGGCUCAUGAAUACGCACCACUUGCAUUGGCACAGCGCUGUAGUGGGUGUCCAGCAGGUUUGCCUCUAUUCAGUGCUUUGCUGAACUACCGUCACAAUAAGGAGACGGAACAGAUUACUGCGCCACUGUGCGGAGUCAGUGUCAUAAAUGUGGAGGAGCGAACAAAUUACCCAUUGGCCUUGUCAGUAGAAGAUGGUGGUGAUUCGCUAGGUCUAACGGCUCAAAUUGUUCCAACAAUGUCUGCAGCACGGAUUUGUGCCUAUAUGGAAGAGGCUUUAAUAUCGCUGCCCAACGCGUUAAUUCACAGUCCACAAAAACCAAUUCGAAGGUUGAAAGUGAUGCCACCAGAAGAGCGCAAGAUGCUGCUGCACAGCUGGAAUCAAACCACAGUUACCUAUCCACCUGCCCGCUGUCUUCACCAGUUAUUCGAAGCCCUAGUAGAACAUGACGGACAGGCGAUUGCCGUUGAAUAUAAGGGAGAAACUCUAAGCUACGCAGGACUCAAUGUUCAGGCCAACCAAUUGGCAAAUUACCUAAUCGCUCGAGGCGUUAAAUCAGAUAAUCGCGUUGCACUUUGCGUUGAGCGCAGCACAACAAUGAUUGUAGCAAUGCUGGGUAUUCUAAAAUCCGGCGCUGCAUAUGUACCUCUUGAUCCAGCCUAUUCGAGCCAACGACUGACGA